AAAACCACAGAAGAAGAAGAAGAAGAAGAAGAAGAAGAAGAAGGGACGUUGUGGAAUAAAGAUGUUUCAUAGCUGAGUGAGCUGUAACUUACAUCAAAAUGAGUCUCUCUGGGGAGAGAGAGGAGGAGACCACUGUCUCUAAAAUGAGUCUUUCUGGGGAGAGAGAGGAGGGGACCACUGCCUCAAAAAAUGAGUCUUUCUGGGGGGAGAGAGGAGGGGACCACUGCCUCUAAAAUGAGUCUUUCUGGGCGGAGAGAGGAGGGGACCACUGCCUCUAAAAUGAGUCUUUCUGGGAAGAGAGAGGAGACCACUGCCUCGAAAAUGAGCCUCUCUGGGGAGAGAGAGGAGGAGACCACUGCCUCCAAAAUGACUCAAGACACCAGUUCUAAGAGUGUUCAGAAGCCCAAAGCAGAGUCCCCUACAACCAGCCUGCUAUCAAUGAAGAGUGAUCAGCCACCUGCUUUCAGCCAGGAACCAUUACCAGAUGACAAUAAGGAAGUGGAGAGGUUGGACAGUGAGGAUGCAUUAAAGAUCACACACAACCUUCUGGACAGAAGAAGUCAAACUCUGCUGACAGUCCAACAAGACAUUAAGGCUAAACUGAAACACAAGUAUCAACACGUAUCUGAAGGAAUUGGACACCAUGGAAACCAAAGUCUGUUCAAGGACAUCUACACAGAGCUCUACAUCACAGAGGGUGGAAGUGGAGGGCUCAAUAAUGAACAUGAGGUUAGACAGAUAGAGAUGGCAUCCAAGAAACAAACCACACAAGAGACACCAAUCAAAUGCAACGACAUCUUCAAGCCUUUACCUGGACAAGACAAACCUAUCAGAACUGUGCUGACUAAAGGAAUCGCUGGCAUUGGAAAAACAGUCUCUGUGCAGAAGGUCAUCCUUGACUGGGCAGAGGGAAAAGCAAAUCAGGACGUUAAUUUCAUGUUUCCUCUUCCUUUCCGUGAUCUGAACCUGAAAAAGGACCAAUACAGUCUGAUGCAACUUCUUUCCCACUACUUCCCAGAGCUGAAAGAGAUUGACAGCAUUGAAGAUGGUGAAACCAAAACUGUUUUCAUUUUUGAUGGUCUGGAUGAGUGUCGACUUCCUCUAGACUUCAAAAACAAUGAGAAGUGCUGUGAUGUCACGAAGCCAACCUCAGUGGACGUGCUCCUGACAAACCUCAUUGAGGGGAAUCUGCUUCCCUCUGCUCUCGUCUGGAUAACCUCACGGCCUGCAGCAGCCAAUCAGAUCCCUCCUGAGUGUGUUGACCAGGUGACAGAGGUACGAGGGUUCAAUGAUCCACAGAAGGAUGAGUACUUCAGGAAGAAAAUCACAGAUCAGAAUCUGGCCAAUGAAAUCAUCAAACACAUGAAGACAUCAAGGAGCCUCCACAUCAUGUGCCACAUGCCAGUCUUCUGUUGGAUAUCAGCCACUGUCCUUGAGAUGAUACUGAAAGAGGCAGAGAAGGAUGAAGUCCCUAAAACUCUGACCCAGAUGUACUCACACUUCAUGUUCAUCCAAACCAUUGUGAAGAACAAGAAGUACAACAAAGCCACAGAGACAAACCCAAAGGAACUGUCUCAGUCAGACAAAGAGAUGAUCCUGAAACUGGCAAAGCUGGCUUUCCAACAGCUGCAGAAGGGCAACCUGAUCUUCUAUGAGGAGGACCUGAGAGAGUGUGGCCUUGACGUCACAGAGGCAUCAGAGUACUCAGCAUUGUGUACAGAGAUCUUUAAAGAAGAAUCUGGGCUGUACCAAGAGAAGGUCUACAGCUUUGUGCAUCUGAGCAUUCAGGAGUUUCUAGCAGCAGUGAAUGCUUUAGAAUCAUGUCUGGACAAGAAGGAAAAUGUUUUCUCCCCCACUAGUGAUGAUGAAGAGAAGGAGUCAAUCCAGUUGUCUGACUUACACAGGAGAGCAGUGGACGAGGCAUUGAAGAGUGAGAAUGGACACCUGGACCUGUUCCUCCGCUUCCUUCUGGGUCUCUCACUGGAGUCCAAUCAGAAUCUGUUACGAGGCCUUCUGACACAGACAGGAAGUACCACACAGACCAAUGAGGAAACAGUUGAGAGAACAGUUGAGUACCUUUCAGACAAGAUCGAAAGGGAAUCCUCACCAGAAAGGAUCAUCAACUUGUUCCACUGUCUGAAUGAACUUGGUGCCAACUCUCUAGUUGAAGACAUGCAGACCUCCCUGCGAUCAGGAACUCUUUCAGAAACAAGACUAAAACCUGACCAAUGUUCAGCCCUGGCCUACCUGUUACUGAUGUCAGAGGAGGUGCUGGAGGAGUUUGACCUGAAGACUUACAACACAUCAAAGGAAGGUUAUCAGAGGUUGCUGCCGGUAGUGAAAACCUGCAAGAGAGCACUACUGGAUGGCUGUAAACUGACAUCUAAAUCCUGUGAGACUCUGGCCUCAGCUCUGCAGACACCAAACUCCCCCCUGAGAGAACUGGACCUCAGCUACAAUGACCUGGGAGACAGAGGAGUGGAGCUGCUCUGUGUUGGACUAACCAGUCCACUCUGCAACAUACAGACACUAGUACUGGAUGGCUGUAAACUCACAUAUAAAUCCUGUGAGACUCUGGCCUCAGCUCUGCAGACACCAAACUCCCCCCUGAGAGAACUGGACCUCAGCUACAAUGACCUGGAAGACAGAGGAGUGGAGCUGCUCUGUGUUGGACUAACCAGUCCACUCUGCAACAUACAGACACUAGUACUGGAUCGCUGUAAACUCACAUAUGAAUCCUGUGAGACUCUGGCCUCAGCUCUGCAGACACCAAACUCCCCCCUGAGAGAACUGGACCUCAGCUACAAUGACCUGGGAGACAGAGGAGUGGAGCUGCUCUGUGUUGGACUAACCAGUCCACUCUGCAACAUACAGACACUAGUACUGGAUCACUGUAACCUCACAUAUGAAUCCUGUGAGGCUCUGGCCUCAGCUCUGCAGACACCAAACUCCCCCCUGAGAGAACUGGACCUCAGCUACAAUGACCUGGAAGACAGAGGAGUGGAGCUGCUCUGUGUUGGACUAACCAGUCCACUCCGCAACAUACAGACACUAGUUCUAGGUCAGUGUGGUCUGACAGAGGGUUGCUGUUCACAUCUGGCCUCAGUCCUGAGUUCACCCAACUCACAACUGAAACAACUGGAGCUGAGAGACAAUGACCUGCAGGACUCAGGAGUUACACUGCUGUCUGCUGGACUGGAGGAUCCAGACUGUAAACUACACACACUGGGGCUGUCUGGCUGUCUGGUCACAGAGGAGGGCUGUGCUGCUCUGUCUUCAGCUCUGAGGUCAAACCCCUCCCACCUGAAAGAGCUGGACCUGAGCUACAAUCACCCAGGAGACUCUGCAGGAGGACUGCUUUCAGCUGCUCUGGUGGAUCCCACAUAUAAACUGAUGAAGCUGAAUGUGGAUCAUGGUGGAGAGUGCAGGCUGAAAUCAGGGCUGAGGAAAUAUGCCUGUCAUCUCACCCUGGACCCAAAUACAGCACACCCAAACCUGAUACUGUCUGAGGGGAACAGGAAGGUGACAUUGGAAGAGAAGCAGCAUUAUGAAAACCAUCCAGACAGAUUUGACUAUAGUCCCCAAGUUCUCUGCAGAGAAGGCUUAUCUGGAUCUCGUUAUUACUGGGAGGUGGAGAGGGAUGGUGAAUGGGCUGACAUUGGUGUGGUGUACAAAGGAAUGAACAGGAAGGUAGAAGAGGAUGACAGUUUUAUUGGAUUCAAUAGGAAGUCCUGGUGUUUAAUCUGCUGUGAUGGCCUCUACUUAUUUCACCAUCCUGGAGUCAGCAGAACAAUCUCUGGUCCUGUUUCUAACAGAGUUGGAGUGUAUCUGGACUGGCCAGCUGGUACUUUGUCCUUCUAUAGUGUGUCCUCCUCUGGUACACUGACACACCUUUACACAGAACACACCACAUUCACUGAACCCCUCUAUCCUGGGUUUGGGGUUUGCUCCUCCUCCUCCUCAGUGACCCUGUGUCAGAUAGAUGACCAACACAUUCAGAGAGACCAUGGUGGAGAGAGUUGGAUCAAGCCUGGACCUGAGAACACCAGAGACCAUGGUGGAGAGAGUUGGAUCAAGCCUGGACCUGAGAACACCAGAGACCAUGGUGGAGAGAGACACAGGACACCCAAAGGGAGUUAUGAGUGCACAGUGUCUGGGCUCCGCUGGCUGUGUGAGAGAGAUGUCAUUCUGAAGUAUCACUUCAGGAACUGGGAACCCUACAGUCAACUUCUGAAAGACAUGCAGUACACACAAGGUGGUCCAUUGCUGGACAUCGCUAUGGAGUUAGUUGGAUGA